UCCACUAUAGCAAAAGUCUAUCGUAUCCCGUCCAUAACAUCAUAUACCUUUCAUAGCAUCCAUUUAAUCAUAUACGUCAUAUCCCUUCCAUGAUAUGAUAUAUUCCAUUAUAUCAUGCAUUUCAUUAUAUCAAGUAAGCCUCAUACUAUCAAAUACCGUCCCUAAUAUCAUAUAUUCCAUCACAUCAUAUAUUCCAUGUCUUCACAAAUACUCCAUUAAAUCAUAGUGCUUCCACUGAAUCAUGCAUUCCAUUAUAUCAUGUGUUCCAAUAAAUCGCAUACUGUUCUUGACAUCAUAUACUCCUUUACACCAUGGACCUUCCAUAUAUCAUACCUUCCAAAAUCAUACCUUCCAAAAUCAUACCUUCCAAAAUCAUACCUUCCAAAGAUCAUACCUUCCACACAUCCCUCCCACUACCGCCCAUUGUAUUAAAAGUCAUAUACCGUAUCCGUCCGCCUUCCAUAGGACCGCUCCGGCACACCACGCACCCCACCAUCUGCUGUUCAAGCAUGCCCCAGACGGCGCCCGCGGCCGAUGGGAUCACGUGGUCUCCGCCUUGCAGUCACCUCUCACGAGACAAGGACAAACCCUUCCGUGCCGAGAAAGCUUUCCUGUUCUUUUUUCCCCUCGAAGGCUCUUGGAGAAUAGUAGUAUUCGAAGCGUCGCGAGUCCCGUACUUCUUGCAAUUGAGAUAUCCGGUACUGCAAGGUAUGUCACGUGGUCUCCGCCAUGUAGUGAUCCCUCACGUGGCAAGGGAAAAAACUUCCGUACAGGGAGAGUUUUUUUCCUUCUCUUUUUUCCUCCAGGGUUUUUAGAGAAUAGCAGUAUUCUAAGGACCCGGAGUACUGUACAUACUUGAAUUGAGAUAUCUGGUACUGCAAGGUAGUCCGGCAGGCGCGGCGCGCGCCGGUAGCGCGGCCCUGCUCACCGCAACAGUCAACCGCGAUCCAACACCACCUCUUCUUUCCUCCACCCACCUUUC